GCAGCUGGUUACUAUCACCCGGAUGCAGUGUUGGUCCAGAAAGGGAAGAAUGCUGUAUAUGGACGAGCAGCUAUCAAACAGGAGCUGUUGACUCGACGACAUGCUGGGCAAAGCAACAACGAAGAAAAACGCCCUUUCCAGCUCAUCGAUGAUAAAUAUCAAAUGGCUCCUGACUACAUUGUCGUCACUGCUGGGUACGAAACAACGUCCGCGAAAAUUGGCGUCGUCAGCGGAAAUUUCACCCAGAUUUGGAAGAAAUCUGGCAACUCCUAUUUGAUCUAUCACGAUGAAUAUGAAAUGAAAUAA